UGUUGUCACUUCUCACACAAGAGACACACAAGCAGAAAUGUGUGAGAGGAUCGUGUAGCGUCCGCAGCCCGUGUCCUCCUCUCACUACAACAUGAGGGAUCAUACGCGGUUUACUGUGAUUUGUUGAACUCAGCUCGACUUUUUUCAACUUGGAAGAGGCAACAAGAAUCAUGGUCAUCAUCACAAAAGAAAGCUCAAGCAGGGUGCCCACCCAGAGGCCCGAUCAGAGCUGUGGAUCAUCACUCUGGAUCAAUUGAAUGUGGUCAGAGAGAGAGAGAGAGAGCGAGAGAGAGAGAGAGAGAGAGAGAAAAGAAAAAACCAGCGCCGCGCCGCCGCAGAUUUGUAGUGGACGACGGGAAAGGAGAAAGGCAAAAGCCGUGCGUGCGUGCGUGCGUGUGUGUGUUUUCAUAAGCGGAGCUCGGCCGUGGGAGCAGAGUAGGGGGAUGUCGGGCAGAAGUGGAGGAGCGCCUCGGGGGUGCAGCAACCCCAGCCUGCAGCCCCUCAAAGCCACAGUCCCAUACCAGCUCCAGAGGGGCUCCGCUCUCCUGUGCAGGGAGGUCAAGACGGCAGACAGGACCACGGCUCGUCCUCCGAAACCCACCAUCCGCAGAACUCUCUCUUUGGAUGCCAUCGUUGGACCGUAUCUGCAGGGACAGUGGCCCAAAGAGGCAGAGAGCACGGCCGUUACCUGUGUCAAUGACAAAGCCACACAGACUCCAAGUUCAUGGGCAGAGGAGACCCAGGGAAGGAGAAGUGUUGGCGGACACAAGCGCUCAGCGUCGUGGGGCAGUGCAGAACACCUGAGAGAGGUGGCCAAGCUGAGGCACCAGUUGCAGAAGCGCUCCCGCCAUGCCCCUCCCUCGGCGGGGUGCGAGCCCCCGCACCAUCCCUUGCCAGCGGGUCAUGCGGCAGGCAUCACUCAGACAAUACCCCUGAUGCCGCUGAACAGACUCGCCCCCCGACUUCGACGAAGUGUUGAAGGCCUCAACCUGGAGCUGGAGGAGGUGUUUGUGUCUGAGAAACCAGACGAUCAGCAUGAGAUUUUGGACAUCCCAGACGGCCACAGAGCUCCUGUCCCUGCCCAGAGAUGCAGUAGUGGCUCUCAGAGUGAGCCCUCCCCGGGGCCCCUGGAUCCUUCCCUCCUCUCUCCUUCUCAGUCCCCCUGUCCUCUAGAUCCGUCACUUCUGUCACCCCCAAAUUCCCCUUGUGUCUUGAACCCACUGCUUUUGUCUCCGUCACAGUCUCCCUGCCCAAUGGGAGAGCCAGAGCCAGUGAACUGUGAGACCCUGUGUCCCUCUCCAUCUACACUGCUUCCUUCAUUUGCACUGGAGCCUCCUCUGCUGCAGCCCUGCUCCACGUCCCCUCGUCCUAACAAAACCUACUCCUUCCAGCGCGAACCACCAGAAGGCUGUGAGCGGAUUCGAGUAUGUGAGGAGGCAAUGUCUGCUUGUCAGGAUGAGCCUCUCCUCCAGCCAUCCUGCCCUGACCCCAAUAAAGUCAACUUUACCCCCCAUGGAGGCUCUGCUUUCUGCCCUGUCAGUCUUCUGAAGCCCCUCCUGCCCUCCAUGGACCUCCUCUUCCGUGGCCUGUCAGUGUCUCCUGUCACUGGCUGCCCAGGUCAAGCCUCUCCCACCAGGCACCUGGGCAUGCAGUAGGUGGAUAUCUGAGCAGAGCCCGUCAGGACUAAACCACACUGCACUGCCAGGACCUGGAGAAACUGGAUGUGUUUUACACGCAGGGUGCCAACAGAUACCUGUGCUCACCUGGCUCAUCACUGCUGUAACAUGCCAUUAUGACUGUGAUCAAAAUAAGAGACUUUGAGACUGGAAGCAUAUGUUGUCAUCGUACUUUAGAGAAAAAUUUAGCCUAAAAAUCUGGCUGCUUCACUGAUGAUUUCCAACUGCAGGAUGUGUGGAUUCAGCUGAUAUUUACUUCAACAGCACUUGAAUUGUCCUAGUUUUUUCCAAUAUUGGCUAUGGAUUAGACCACAGGACCUAAGAUGUGGAAAUGUUGACAAAUGCUGGAAAAAUUUUACAAAUGACUUAGUUUUUGACUUUGUUCAUUUUUACAUUAUUAGACAAAGACUGCAGUCUGCUAGGGAUGAUUUAAAUGUCAAAAUAAGAUCAUUCAGAGUCGAAAACUCAAGCGCUUAGAUCCCGCAUGGAUGAAGUUUCAGCUUAAUUUGAGAGAAUUCAUGUGAUGGGUUUUUUCUUGAAAUUUCAUAAAAUCUUUUGGUUGAAGAGAAAUAUUUUUGGGCUGUAGUUUACAGUGGCCUACUUUUCUACAAAUGUAUUUCUAGCAAGAUAUAUAUUUUUGUAUCUUUGUAAGGAAGUUAUGAGUAUGGUGAUACUGUUUUUGUAUUCACUAAAGAAAUUGACAUAUAUUUCUGUGUAUGCUUUGGUGGUUUAAAGGCAGGAAUGGGUGUUUUAUUAGCUUUACUUGCCUUCAGUGGGCAUUGUUCUAACCAAACUGCUUCUAAGAUCUUGAGUGGGUCACACUGAGUUUUUGUUCAAUCUGAGCCUCAUUGGACCCUGUUAAUGUUUCAAGAUUCAUUUUGAUGUGGAAGAAGAUGAUUCCCUGAUGUUUGAGUUAUUGUUCAAAUGGAUAAAACACUGUUUUUGUCAGCAUUAUCCUAUGCAACACUGAUUAAUAACAUGACCUACAGUAAAAAUAUCAUAGAAUAAGCAGAUGCUAAUGAACAAUUAGUAUUAUUUCUCAGCUCUGUGUUUUCUCAGACCUGAUUAUAAGCCCUUUUCUUACUUUUUAAGGGUGAUAACAGUUAAGAAUGUUUAGUGUGCUGUUGCUAUUGUAAAGAAAAUAAAAGAACCAAUUUUCUGGGCGUUGAAA